AUGAUAUAUAUCCUAUAUAUAUUACAUUAUAACCUCGUAAAAUAUUUUCCAUCCUGUGAAGCGGAAAUAGAAAAAUAUAGAGUUAUUAAUAAUGCAUUACAUAAAUGUAUUCAUAAAAAUCCAUCAAAGACACAUCAUGAUGUUAUGUAUUCGAGUAUACAAGAUUGCACACAAGUUAUGUCAUAUAUAUCAUAUAUACACAAUAAAGAAGGAGAAAAUAAAUCCACAGAUGCUGAUUGUUUAUUUUUGUAUUAUUGGUUAUAUAAAUAUCUAGAGAAUUUAAAUAAGAGUAGUUCUACAGGAAAAUAUUAUAAAACAUCAAUUAUGGCAACUGGUUAUAGUGAUGCCAAUAUAUGCAAGGAUUUUCAGUAUAAAAAUAUAACCGAUAGUGAUAUAAAAAUGCUUACAGUUUUAUAUAACAUGUAUAAUAGUCUUGAAUAUAUUAAAAAAUAUGAUUGCGAGUCUAAGGAGUAUAAUGAUUUUUGUGCUGAAUAUAAUGAUAUUAAAGAUAAAUAUGUUCCACCAAAGGAAAUUCAAAUCUUCACAACUAUUGAAAAAGAACAGUUGCUUAUUUCUAAUAAUAAUAUAGCAGUUAUCAUAGUAAUUACAGUAGUACUUACGUUAGUAGUGUUAAUUUUGUUAUUUAUUUUGUAUAAGUUAACCCCAUUUGGUUCAUACCUACUAAAUAGAAUUGAAAGAAUUAAGAGUACAUUGAAUAAUUUAGAUAAUAAAAGAGCUCAUGUGUAUCAGCCUGAAAUAGCUAAUAUUAUUUCAAAUAAUAGGGAUUAUAAUGUAUUAUAUAACUUGGAUGCAUUUUAUCAUUGA